AUGGAAUUCACGGGCCAGGCCACGUUUACGUUCCCCUUCGGCAUUACGGAUUUGGCCAUCAAAAUGGAGGGAGACUUGAAGGCAAAUAUGGAGCUCGGCCUGGACGCCUUCUCCGGAAUCAUCGAUGUAGGCUCAUACCUCACUCUUGACAUCAACGCCGGACUGAAGGUGGAGACUCUCGGACAGUUCCUCGCUGGUGCCGAGCUGCAUUGGGAAGCCCUCAGUAUGACUAUGGAUCUUCUGUUCCCUUUGCUAUCAAAGGGCCACGGCUUCGCACCCCAGGUCACACCAAAGUUCAAGGCAUCCGGUAACGUCACGGCCACGGCUCCCCUGGGAAUUCCUCUGGCUAUCAACGUCGGUGUCGACAUCCUUGACGGCACCUUCAUUGAAGCAAUUGCCCUAGUCGAUCGACCAGCUAUCGAGGCUGUCGUGGAGUAUGGAGCUUUCGGCACGCCAGUGACCGCAGAGGGAAUGGACCCAUGCAAGGGUAUCCUCUACUACGCCGAUUCGGUCAACGAGAUCACACUCCAAGCCUUUGGUGCGUUCAAGUAUGACCUCGGCUCAUGGCACGGCGACAAAUUCCUCAGAGGCUGUGUGGGCGACAAUGGAAUCAACUCGGUGCAAGAAGCAUUGCAAGCUCUGCCAGCGGGACAAACACAGGCUGGAUGUACCCUCAUCACCGAGGUCUUCAAGAACCCAAGCUUCGAAGACAACGGAGGCUCUGCAUUCCCUUGGAUCCUUAACGGCGGAGGUGCCUAUCUGGACAUCACAGAGGGCGAGGACGACACCCAUGAUGGAUCUCAAUCACUCAACUUCAAGAAUGAGUGGGUCAGGGGCUGUGAUGCCUUGUGCUUUUCCUCCUGUGGCUUCGCGGGCUUUUGCACCCAUUGCUGUAAGCCUACGGCUCAAGACUGGACCGCGAGGAUCAGCCAGAAGAUUUCCAUGUGCACGUAUGCCGAGUACGACUUGCAGCUAUGGGCUCGUGUCGUCAGCUCUGAGGGCGUUUGCACCGUCACCGACAUUUUCGUGAACAAUUUGAGUGAUCCGACGGACCCUUUGCUGUCCAUUUCCUGGCAGGUUAAACAUGACAUUCUGCCAAUUACCUCCAAAAACAAGGAUCAGUUCCCCUUGACGGAUAAUGGUGUCGGAUUCCCAAUAAGCAUACCGUCUACCACCAAUGCAAAGUCUUCCAAUGUCGAAGUCGGCCUGCACAACACAACCUGCAAGCAAAGCCGUCGCCUUCGAUGUCCGCAUCGACGACAUCACUCUCACCCCUAA